CCACACAGGACAGGAACGUUUAAUAGUUUACCACAUCACAGCUAUCGUCUACUCAGGGAAUAUAGGAUUGAUUGUUUAAUGACACCCCAGCACAUUAUUUGAUCUUCAGUUAUCAAGAUAGGAUUUAUAAUUUUUAAAGACGCCCAAGAACAUGGUUUAAUUGACAGUUAUCAAGAAAGAAUUUUUAAAAUUUUAAUAACACCCCAGCACAUUGAUUGAUUGGAUACUAUUAAAAAUGGAUUUUUUGUUUAUUUUGACGACACCUCAGCCCAUUGUUUGAUCAGCAGCAAUCAUCAUCAAUAAAGGAAAUUUUAUUUUUAUAACACUUUAAUAAAUAUUUUGACAGAGCUCUGUUAAGGAUUUGAAAAGAAAAGAAAAACAUCCACUAAUGAUACUCAUUGAGAAAGGAGUUUAACUGGGCUUUUUAAUGACACCUCAGCACAUUGUUUGAUCAGAGACUUGUGUUGACAAAAACUGAGUGAUAGUAUAUUAGUAAUUGUGACACUUGGUGAUGAAAACUGGAAGGAGAAACAUUUUCAAGUGACGUAAUAUUUAUUGUGCAGAAUUGUGUCAAGAAAAAGUGAGGAAGACAUUGAAGGUCAUAUUCCGAAGAUUACUCGAGAGGAGGCGCGGUCUUCACUGGGCAGAGUACAGCACGGGAUGAGUGACUGGCGACCGUUUCUCUAUGGCGGACUGGCAUCGGUCACGGCAGAAUGUGGUACGUUUCCUAUCGACCUGACGAAAACUCGGUUGCAGGUUCAGGGUCAGAUAAUAGAUUCGCGGCUGACGAAGCUGAAGUACCGUGGAAUGAUCCAUGCACUGGUGACCAUAUUCAAAGAGGAAGGAGUACAAGCAUUAUACUCGGGAUUAGCCCCUGCAGUGUUGCGGCAGGCCACGUAUGGAACAAUCAAAAUUGGCGUGUAUCAUUCAUUAAAGAGGAUAUUCGUGCCGGAUCCAAAUGAUGAGACCUUAGGCAUGAAUGUUGCUUGUGGAAUAACAGCAGGAAUAGUAUCCAGUGCUUUUGCCAAUCCUACAGAUGUACUCAAAGUUCGGAUGCAGGCUGCGGGAGUCUCUGGAAGUCCGGUGCACAGCAGCAUGAUGGUUUCCUUUCAAAACAUCUAUAAAAACGAGGGAGUUCCCGGGCUGUGGAGGGGUGUGGUGCCCACGGCACAAAGGGCUGCAACUGUGUGUGGGGUGGAGCUUCCAGCUUACGAUAUAUGCAAGAAACGCAUAAUCCAGUCAGGUCUCUUAGGAGAUACUGUAGCAACACAUUUCUUAGCAAGUUUUUUGGCUGGCUUGGCAGGAGCCAUAGCCUCAAACCCGAUCGAUGUGGUCAAGACGCGGCUUAUGAACCAGCAGAAGCUCAAAACGGCUCUAUGCACUAGCGGAGUAGCGACACCGGCUAUAUACUCAUCGUCCUUCGAUUGUUUUGCACAGACUAUCAAGACUGAAGGAGCAAUGGCACUGUAUAAAGGAUUUAUCCCAACAUGGGUGCGACUAGGUCCAUGGAAUAUCAUUUUCUUUAUGACAUAUGAACAGUUGAAAAAAUUGAACUGAUGCAGCUGGAGUUAGCUCCCUUUAGUGUUUCAGUUACUACGACCCUUGAAGCUAUACGCUGUGAUUACAGACCGUGGUAUGCCUGUUGCUCAAAUCAAAAGGAGACCCAAAAAGAUUUCAUUCGCAUUUACGAGAAGAAGGGGAGAGAACUCGUCGAAGUGGAUUGAAAUCUAUGGAGUCCAGUGGCCAUGGUCCAAGCAAAAUGUCGUGGUCGGGUUCUGUAAAACAUAUUGGAGGCAGAGACAUUCCUCUGGCAUUUUAUGAAAGGUCUCGCUAAACAGUUUACUUCCUGUCACCGUGCGUUCGUCUCACUCCAUUGUGGCUCCGAAUUGUGAAGACUGUUCUGCUGUGCAUAUCUAGUAGCUGAGGGCAGAUUUUAAUACAUUUGAUUGUUUUUUUGAAGCUAAAUCCUCACGCUAGAAUAUGCCUAUGAGAUUUUGGCCUGUUGUGCUUUUGUUUUCUUUUUUGGCAUGCAGGUGUAUAGCAUAUAGGCAGCUAGUGCGAAUGGGCUGCUUUUGCAUUUAUAAAAUAACUUGGACAAAAGUUAAAAAGGACCCGGUGCCAAAAAAAACCCCAUACGUGAAUACUGCCAAUGUUGAAGCAAAAAUUAAACAAAUAUCUAUCACUGUGUAUAAGAAAUAGAAAUACUUCGAAACUUUCACAGAAUCUCAGAACAGUGAACUUAAAUGCAUAUUGUCACGGAUUUAAGGACCUUAUUUCUCUAAAAAUGGAUAAUAACUAAAAAUUACAUUAAUUGUUGGAAACAAAAUCUAGCUAUUGCAUCACCUUAACUAAACCAUGAUGGAGUGAAAUCCAUGUC